AUGUCUUCUCUUAAGACUUUCAGGAUCAAGAGAUGCCUGGUCAAGAAGCAAAAGCCGGAUUGCCCCCGCCCCACUGGAAUGAAAACUGGUAAUAAAAUCAGGUACAGUGCCCAGAGAAGACACUGGAGAAGAACCAAGCUGAUCUAUAAGGAGUCACAUAUAGAGAAAAAGGUCUUGAAAGAUUCUCUUCAAACUGAUAAAUUUAACACGGGUAGGAAUUAA